AUGGGGAGAAAGUCUCCCCCGUGGCACUUGACGGGGAGGGGGAUGGAGAAUUUUCUUUCCCACGGGGACGGGGAUGGGGAGGCACUCCCGACGGGGAAUUCCCCGUUGACAUCUGGAGUUCCUACUGGGAGAUGUUUCUUGGAUAAACCGUGUGCUUGGUCACAACAGGAAGUCGCGGCAGUUUGGGCUUGGUCCAGUUCGGUUAGACAUUCUAAAACUAAAGCGGCAGACUGUAUGGCAGAGGACACAGGAAUGAGUGGGAUCCUAGGUGCAUUGGCUACAAAGGUUGACUUCAAGUUGUCAUUACUCAAAGAUGUUAUGACUGAGUACACGGAGAUAAAACGUGUGAUCAAUGGGUUAGCCGAAGAAAAAGUGAGACUCCAGCAAGAGAAGGAGAGGCUCCAGCAUGAGAAGGAGAUGCUUCAGCAGGAACAGCAAUCAAAUGGAGAGACUUUGGCAGCAAUGAAGGAGGACCUUUUGGCAUCAAAUAACACAUUGGUGGCAGCAAGAGAUGCACUUGUGGCAUCAGCAGAGGAGAUUUCUCAAAAGAACUCCUGCCUGGAGUUUCUAAAGAAAAAACUUCAAGAGAGUGAAGCCAAGAAUAAUCAAGCUGAACAACUGUGUGGAAGUGCUAUGGAGUCUAUCCAACCAAGAGGGGAAUACAUGGAGUGCCUUGAUCCACAACCUCUAGAAAUUACAAAGAAAUUAACAUGA